AUGGCGACGAAGCCUGGAUCAGCAGGCACCAGCUUGUUCAACAACCCCACACUCUCCGACGUCAAGAUCAAGCAAAUCUACGAAGGCAAGGUGCGCGAGUAUCAUGCUCAUAAGCAGAUUCUAGCGAGGGGCUCCAAGUUCUUUCUGAACGCGUUCACGGGCAACUUCAAGGAAGCCUCAGGCAAUGUGAUUGAAGUCCAUAAUGACGUCCCGGAGCACUUCGAGGCCGCGCUCAAGUUUCUUUACACACAACAAUACGACUCAGAGGCCGUUGCCGAACAGGCAUUCAUCCAGAAUGCACAGCGUAUUCGUGUUCCGAUCGGAAUUUUGGUCGUCGCCGACAAAUACGACAUCGAGCGAUUGUCCGGUCUGAUCGUGGACGACGUGAAAAUCUAUCUUCUCACGACCACAAGACUUCCAGUGUUAGUAGCGGCAAUCAAAGAAUACUAUCCGAAUUGUCCCAACGCAGGCUCACCAAUGGGGAUUGCACUCACUACCGUGUUACUGGGACGGCCUGCAUCCACGCAUACGGAGGAAGUCAAGCUGCUUAUUGGUCAGUACCUUGCUUUUGGGGCUGACAUGGCGAUUCAUCUGCACGAAUGUGGUAGACUUCGGGUCUAA